CAAUUGAGAGUAGCUGCCAAAACAGCGUCUCUGCUAUGGGUUACCAUAAGUUUCCAGUACACUUUAUCAUAUGACUGUUGGACUGAAUCGUCAGUUCGUGUUCAGCCAUCAACUGCAACGUUUCUCGCUUAUUGUCACUGUAUUUCCACUAAUUGAUAAUUGAAUUUGCCGUACGUCCACCGGUGGUGAUGUGUCUAUAGAAGCAACGCAGAAGAAAUCCAUAAUGGAAAAGAUGUCGUCCAACCGGUGCUAUGCACUGCUCUUGACCUUUGCUUUGUUCUCCGUAGUCAGUGCCUCGUUCAUCAACCCCUAUGCACAGUUCAUGAAACGUGGAGUGUAUUCUUCAGAGCCUCGCAUCAAGGGGAACAACGGGGAACCUUUGUUCAUCACACCGUACUUGGAAGCUGGAAAGAUUAAGGAAGCCCAAACCGCAGCUCGAGUUAGCCAUAGUCGUAUCGUAGGCUUUGAAAGCUACACUGGAUUCUUCACCGUUGACAAACGAUACAACUCAAAUCUGUUCUUCUGGUACUUCCCUGCGAAGAACAAUUCCGCCAAUGCACCGGUAUUACUCUGGCUUCAAGGUGGACCAGGGGCCUCUUCUCUCUUUGGGCUAUUUGAAGAAAACGGACCGUUCUUCAUCUCCAAAAAUCUGAAAGCCGUUCCACGACAAUACUCCUGGCACAUCGAUCACAACCUGAUCUACAUUGAUAACCCCGUUGGUACUGGGUUCAGCUUCACUGAUAACGAAGACGGAUAUGCACGGAAUCAAACCCAAGUAGGAGAGAAUUUGUACGAGGCAUUGAUUCAAUUCUUCCAGCUGUUCCCCGAGCUGCAGAAGAAUCCAUUUUAUGCGAGUGGGGAGUCUUAUGCUGGAAAAUAUGUACCAGCCAUUGGUUAUACUAUCCAUAAGAAGAAUCCAACAGCAAAGAUCAAGAUCAAUUUGCAGGGCAUGGCAAUUGGUAACGGGUACAGUGACCCCGUGAAUCAACUCGACUACGGAAAUUACCUGUAUCAGCUGGGCCUGAUUGAUGUCAAUGCUAAGCAAAGAUUUGAUCACGAUGAAGCUGCUGCGGCAGAAUGUGUCAAGAAAAACGAUUAUCAGUGUGCUUUCCAUUUCAUGGAUGAGUUGUUGAAUGGCGACGAUGAAGGAGCAUCCUUCUUUAAGAACAUCUCCGGGUUCAACACCUACUAUAAUUAUCUGCACACAGCGGAGGAUCCAAAGGACGAGUUCUAUCUCAUAGGAUUUUUAAAGCUAUCGGAAACUAGAAAAGCAAUUCAUGUGGGCGACCUUCCGUUCCACGAUCUGGACGGUGAAAAUAAGGUUUUCAAAUACUUGAAGCAUGACAUUCUGGACUCGGUUGCUCCGUGGAUCGUAGAGCUUCUGUCGAACUACCGAAUGAUGAUCUACAACGGUCAGCUGGAUAUCAUCUGCGCCUACCCGAUGAUGGUGAACUAUUUGAAAAACUUGCCUUUUGAUGGUGCGGAUCAGUAUCGGAAUGCUCAACGUAACAUAUUUUACGUGGACGACGAAAUCGCCGGGUACUACAAAUUGGUGAACAACUUGUUAGAGGUGUUGAUUCGGGAUGCAGGCCAUAUGGUUCCACGGGAUCAACCCAAGUGGGCGUACGUUAUGAUCAACACGUUUACGACAAGAUCAAGCUUUGUACCAGAUGAUUAAAAUAAAAGUUGUAUAAAAGAGA